GAAAAAUAAAAAUUUGGAGCUAGAAGCUGUUUCGGUACCUGUCUGGCUCAAUUGAAAAAAACAAAAAAUUUUCAUUCACUUUGCGUUGAAAAAAAUGCGGGAUUAUGUGUGCAACGUGGUACGUUCGCAUCGCUGCCUCUGCAUUUUCACGGUGCUCCAGUUGACCCUAAUGCUCUCGAUGCUGGAAGUAAAACUCCAAAUUGACCAAUCGCCGGAGCUGCAGCGACCUUUGACCCGAGUGUACUUGGUGACCCAACUGCGGGAGCUGGCCUGGAGUCCAUUGUUUUCCGGCUUUGCCAUGGGUGCAAUGUUCUACGGCUACGGUUUGUUACACUUGCCCAGCAAAGGACCAUUUGGGAGAUUCUUCUCCAGACUGCGAUCCGCAGGCUUAGCCGUGUGGCAACAAGGCAGUCCCGUGAUGCUGGUGCCCUGGACCAUGAAGGUGGCCCAGAACCUAAGCCUCUUCCCCUGCCACAUGUGGCAGUGUCUGGCCAAGGAUGCUUUCCUCGAGGCUGACAACUGUCUGCUGCUCGUCUUCCUGGCCGUUGUGCUGUGGAACUACCUGCUCAUCCUGGCCAUCUUCAGUUUGGUGUUGGCUGUCAGACUCAACCUCCAGAUGAUGGGUGCCAGGCACAUUGAGAACGGGGGGAACCACGAGCUGCGUGCCUACGUCCGGGGAAUCAACGAACUGCUCGGCUUUGAGAUGAUCGUGCUCACCGAUUGAGAGCUCAUUGGGAACCCACAAGCAUUCACCUAUAAGUAACCUCUAUUGUAUAGAGAGUUCUAUUGUGUAGCAUAUUAUAUCAUGACAAAUUACAAGUUUUACUUUGGAACAAUAA